UUCUUUCUUUCUUGCUCCGCGUAUUUGCGCUUUGAAGUAAACCAACAACUGCUGUCCCGGAGUCAGAGGGUGUGCAGUCCAGUGCGCGGUGGGUGGGUCAGUCGGAGGAACCUGGCCGUUCAUUGUUCCCUCUCCGUCAGCUCGGUGCAGGGGGAGAAAGAGCAAGUCCCCCGCGAUCAGGGUGGGUGACGGGAGGUCGCUCUGAACUUGUGCCGAUCCCUUUCAACCGAGGAGCAAGGCGGCGCAAUGAGGGACACUAUUCUGCAAGCACGCGGAUAUUUCGGCGUUGAAUCGGUAAAUAUUUGAUUUAAAAGAAAGAAGGAGAAGGGGACGCGUGAGGAGGAAGGCGCAGCCGGGAGACGCGGUUUCUGCUCCUCAGCCGGAGACCGGUGGAAGGGAGCAAAACACACGGGUGGAGAUGCUGUCUGCAGGAGCGGGCUGUCGAUGAACCACCACACUUCGGGUCGUGCAUGAACAGUGUGAAACCACAGAUGGACCCACUGUGUGAUGGAAUGAAGAAAACAGAGUCCAAUGAUCCGGCUGUAAACCCUCGGCCCCCUCCAGCUAAGCUAGCUCGACUGGAGCAACACAAGAUGGGACCCUCAACUCCAGAGAGGGCAAGGCAGGGGAGUCCUGUGCCCAAGGGCCCCUGCCCCAACCAAAGACCUUCUACAGCAAGCUGGCACUCCAAAGGAACCCUGCUGCCUGUGUUCUGCGUGGUAGAGCAUCGGGAAAGUUCUUUGGAAGUAGAGAGAAGAGACGAGCACGCCGAGUUUGUGCUGGUCAAACGGGAUCUGCUGUUUAAUCAGCUGACAGAAAUGGCCCUGCUGACGCUGGGUUACUCCCACAGCUCCGCAGCCCAGGCUAAAGGUCUGAUCCAGGUCGGCAGGUGGAACCCAGUGCCUCUGUCCUCCGUGACUGACACCCCUGAUGCUACGGUGGCUGAUAUGCUGCAUGAUGUUCACCAUGUUGUCACGCUGAAGAUACAGCUUAACAGCUGCCUCAAAUUGGAAGACUUGCCAGCUGAGCAGUGGAGUAUCUCCAAUGUGAGAAGUGCUCUGAAGGAGCUUCUCAAGGACAUGAAUCAGAGUACCCUGGCCAAAGAGUGUCCUCUUUCCCAGGGAAUGAUAUCAUCGGUUGUAAAUAGCACUUACUAUGCAAAUGUCUCAGCUGCCAAGUGUCACGAGUUUGGUCGAUGGUACAAGCACUUCAAAAGGUCCAAAUGCCACAAAGAAAUGGAGUGCUUUUCUGAGCAGUCCACAGAUGUUACCCACACCCAGCAGGUAAUUCCAAGCAGCCCAGCGGAUCAAAACCUGCUUUUCCCUCAUGGAGCAGUUGCCAACAUCUGUGGUCGGCCACCGCUCGGUCUUCACCCCCCUGGGUUGGUCCCCCAGCCUCUCAGCUCCCAAAUGGUGAACCAGCAGCUGAUGAUGACCCAGUUUCUUAACCAGCAGUAUGCUGUCACCCGCAUGCUAGCUGGCCAGGCCCUCUCCUCUUCACCACAGCAGUACCUCAACCACCCGCCAGUGGGGAGGCCUCCUGCCAAGCCCUUUUCUAAAGCAUCUGAUUCUCAAGCAUCGCAGCAGGCACCGUGUGGUCCAGGGGGAUGUCCAGCAGCAAUACCGCAAAAUCAAACUGGGGCUACGGUGUCUUCAGUAGCCCCAACAGACGUACCGAGUGACAUCUACCAGAAUGUGAGAGAGGAGCUGAGGAGAGCGGGCAUCUCCCAAGCCAUCUUUGCUCGAGUGGCCUUUAACAGAACCCAGGGCUUACUAUCAGAGAUCUUGCGGAAGGAGGAGGAUCCAAAACACGCUUCCCAGUCUCUGCUGGUCAACCUGCGAGCCAUGAACAGUUUCCUGCAGCUUCCUGAGGCUGAGAGAGAGCGCAUGUACCAGGAGGAGAAGGAGAGAAGCAUGACCGGCUUCCCACCCAGCUGCAACAACACACCCCCAAGAUCCACACAGCAGGCGAGGCUGUCACCGGUUACAGCUGAAAGAGGGUUGAGGCCAGACAGUGGUGUCCUCAACGUCAACGCCUCCAUCUAUGAGGAGAUCCAGCACGAGAUGAAGAGAGCCAAAGUCUCCCAAGCCCUUUUUGCAAAAGUUUCAGUCUCCAAAAGUCAGGGCUGGCUGUGUGAGCUUCUGCGGUGGAAGGAGGAUCCCUGCCCAGAGAACCGCACCUUAUGGGAGAACCUGUGCAUGAUCCGGCGAUUCCUCAGCCUGUCCCAGAUCGAGCGAGAUGCCAUCUAUGAGCAAGAGAGCGGCAGCAUGACUUCACAACACUGUGCUGACAGACUCACAGUGCUCGGCAACGACAGCGCACUGCACCAACGCAACUCCACGAUGUCUCAGCAACACCACCUUCAACCCCAUCACCCGCUACAGCCGGAGCCAGGGCUUGACCUGUCUCCACCCCAACCGUGUGCUGCAUCGCCAGCUGAGUCUGAGGCUGGGGGUGCCUGGAGGCACUUCAGAGUAAAUUUGCAGAGCAGACCAUGCUGGGACGAUGAAAGGGGAGACAGUGGAGAAUGGGUUGAUGGGGAAAGGGAAGUCACUAAUAAUCUAGGUGUAGACUGGGGUAUUACUGGAAGAGCGGCAUUCAUUGGUAUAGAUAGUAAUGGUCAAGAAGGAGAUGUGAACAUAGACCUGGGAGGCCAGGAUGACUCCAGUCAAAACAGCAAAAGUGAAAAUGUAAAGAACAUUUUUGUGACAAGGCCUACUGUCAAGAGUGAGAGCAAUGGGAGAGUUGGAGUUUGUCCUGGGACAGAUAGUAAAGUGAUAGCUAAAGAAGAGAUCCAAGGCGAUAGGUUAACUGUGUCUAAUGAUGCCCUGGGGAUCCUGCAGAGCUUCAUCCAGGAUGUUGGCCUCUACCCGGACGAAGAGGCGAUCCACACCCUCUCUGCCCAGCUGGGUUUGCCCAAAGACACAAUCCGCAUCUUCUUCAACAGUCAUGACAACCAGCAAGUCUGUUCAAACCCAGACCCCUGCAAGGCAGACCUGACUACACAGGAACCGGAAGUCACUGUGAAGGCAGAGAAGACGGAAAACGGGGCGGAGAUAAUUGGUAGAGACAGAACAGGUGAGGUCUCUUUUUCCAGUGAAUCAGAUGUUGCCACACAAACCCUUCCCCCGAUGAAGGAGGAGCAGGAGAGUCCCAUCUGAGACCAGCGCAGUCACAACCUGGUCAGAACAAGCAAUAUUGUCUCUGUGAGCCACUACCAGAAGCUUUUUUUUUUCCCUCUCUGCUACAAUUGAACCACAAUCUAAUGCAACUCAGCCACUCCUGUAUAUUCUUCCAAUGCAGCUGACUCUGUUUUGAUACAAGGUUAUUAGCAUGUGCUGUUACACACAAUAGUAGAAUAUUACUCUGACUGUAUACGACAUAACUUCCAAAACGACAAACUUUUCCCUAUGAUGCAUGGAAAUGUCUGGAAAGUGUGUGAAGAGAUGCGGGUCUGGACAUUAUUUACAGUAACUCGAUGAAGCAUGCGCUGUACAUCUGGAUAUUCUCCUCUUGCAGAGGGUUUUUGAUUGCACAAAAGAACAAAACAUUUUAGUAAGCAUCUACUGUGGACCUUUGAAGCAUGUUACAAAUCCUCUGCUGUGUUUAAUUUAUAAUUUUUUUUUUUUUUUUUUACAAUAUUCAGUGUUACUGGUGCAGCAGUAGGCUAAAUCCUCGCUACAAGAUGUUCAAUAAAAGCUGCGAAUAUUUUUCUGUUCUCGCACUUUCCUGCCGUAUUUUAGGACUCUAGAACAUUCUUCAAAGGGAAGUACCGCCUCUAUCAGUUCUAAGGUCUUAUGCAUAACUGUGGUCAAAAGUACUCCUUUCUUCAUCUAUCAAGGGCCAAAGGGGGCAAAAUCCAAUACAUAAAUCAGCUGUGGUAUAAAUAUUUGUUUAUGCAGUAAUACAUACAGUAUAUAAAUGUAAAAUUUAAAAACAACCAAUCAAAGUCAGUGUUUGGAGCUGACUCAGCUGUAACAUCAUGAUUGGGCUUCAGUAGAGUUGAGUUGUCCUUAGUGCCAUAGUGGCUGCUUAAAUCAUUUUCUGAUGGCCAUUAGUGCACAAAAUAUAAAACAAAUAAACAAAUAAUGAAAGAGAUUUGUUAUAAUUUUUACAUAACAUUUAUUCAAGGUUUAAUUUGUGAUUAAUUUUAUUUAAUUUAAUUAUGUGUUUAAACAUGGAAACACUGUAUAAAAUUACUUGUAAUUUUUCUGUAAUGUGUUAUUACAGAAUAUUUAAUUUCUAAUUUAAGUUAUUUAAGUUAUAUUUAAUUUCUCAUAUGAAAAAAAAAAAAUUAAGAAUUUAUUUGAGAGGUCCACUUUCAUUUAUUUGAGAGUGGAUCUGUCUUCGAUAUUCACCAGGUCUUAAAGGAUGAUUAAUAACUCAUGGUAUGUUACAGUUAAAAGAUUAUUUGGAAGCUAAAAUUCAUAUCACCAUUUAUUCAAAGUGGGAGUCUCUCUUGUAUGUCAGCCCAGAAACGCUAACAAUAAUCAAGAAUUUAAUAAAGGCAAACCUUAUAAAGUAUUUGAUUUGAAGUCACAGCAAUAAUCACGGUUCUGCCAUGCAAUCCUCAAAGUUUAGUGCGCUGUUUAAAGUAGGCUUGUUUAACUUCUUAAGACCUGAGAAUUUUAGUCUAAACAUGGGCUUUUUGAUACCUAAUAAUUAUCAGUUUUUCUUCAAACAUAUAUGAUUCUUAUUCCUGAGAGAUCUGUAAAUGAGGUUUGAAGAGAAAUCAUUUUUAAGCCCUUAUUCAGGUGUCUAAAAGCCUAUGUUUGGACCAAAAUUCUCAGGUUUUAAGAGGUUAAAAAGGUUGCAAAGAAUACCAUCUUCUGUUCAGAAAGAACGCCCUUAGACUUCCGCAUCGAUUUUCAGACCCAAAGGAAAGAAGUCACACUACGAUCAUUACAAACAACUACUACCUACGUUUCAAGCAUGGAGGUGGGAGAGUCAGAAGUUGCCCUUUUUCUACAGCAACAUUUUAUUCAAUAUUCAGCUCAUGCACCAGAAUAUUCAAAAGUCAAGCUGUCCAGCACCUGUAGAAAAUGUAGAAAACGGAAAAUAAUUAUUUCACUUCUUAAUGUGGUUCUACACAUUAUUCAAUUAAGAUUUACACUUAGUUUUUAUUGUGCUGAUUCUGCAUUUUGACUUAUUUCUGCAAGUAAAUCAUGAUAUAAUGUAAUGUUGGCAACCAAAAAUUGUAUUUGCUUAAUUAAUUUUAAUAUUCAUGAAGUGUUGUUUUUUUAUGCCGUGACAAAUAAAACUAUAGGAGUGAUCUGGCAGGGAAGUUAGAUUUUUUAUUAUUUAUUUAUUGUGAAUACAUUUAUUUAAGAAGUUCUGUGUUAUUUUGGUUUUUUGUUGUUGUUUUUUGAGCAUCCUUAACACACUUGAGGCAAAGUUAACUGUAACUAAGUGUACUGAUGUUUGUAAGUGAAUCGUGUGUGUAGUACGUCUUUCAAAAACGGAAACCAAGUCAACUAACCUCAAGUUCCCUGUGUUUAGAAGGACUAGUUGUGACUAGUUGUUGAGAGAUGUAGGGACCGAUAAUGCCUUUUUGAAAGUGGCACUGCCAGUUUGUGUCUUUGCUUCUUAAUGAUUUACGUUGUGUUAUGUUUAAAGGUACUUUUGUGGGUUUGAUUUGUCUGAUUUAUUCAAAAUUGUUCUUGAUCAUGUUUUUCUCAUUACAUGUUAACUGACACAGUAAAUCAAAGUAGAGGUUAUCUAUGAUGUUGCAGAAUAAACAUUUUAUUGAGUAAA